GCGCCAAAUUUUGCAAUUCUCGCAGGCAUGUACCUGAUACCCUCGUCGGUCUUUCUGAAUCCGCAUGCUCGUAGCUUUCAAUUAAACCGACUGUGUUCCCAAUACGGAAGCCGUCCCAUCUUUGGUCUUGGGAACCUUUGAGGCGGGGGAGCGAUACUGCUGGUAAUCAUCCCGAGUCUUGUCAUGUGCCCCCUCCCGCCAACAGGGAUCUAACUAUAUCGCCAAAUGGUCUGGCGGUGUUCCAUGCAGCACCGAGUCACUACCCUGAUUUUCGUUCUGAUACAGGUGUCCUCUUCUUUUAUUAGUAGGACCGGGUCUCUUGGUGCAUGUGCCAUUAAGGUCACAUAUGAUACACCGACCCUGGAACAAGGUUUUGGUGGAAAGGUAUAAAUGCCUACCGAUGGCUGGUUCAUCCUCACCUCCCGCGGUUCACCAUGGUGUCUUUCAUGCUCUCGAGUCUUCUCAGCGUCUUCGCAGCCAUCGGCGGCGUGUUGUCUAUGUCUCCUAUGGAUACGACGCUUUCUGCUCGUGCCACGCCUGCAGCCCCUCACUUCGUCAUUUACAGCGACAAGUGGGUCACUGGUGAGAAUGGCCCUCCGGCCGUCAGUAAUAUCACGGGGUAUAACGUCUUUGCCCUCUCGUUCUGGCUUAUCUCCGGCCCAGCUGAUCAAGCUGAAGAGUGGGUGUUGCUCGAUAAUGCUACACGAGCAUCUAUCGUACAAUCAUACCAUAAUGCCGGAAUUUCUCUUAUUGUAUCCGCUUUCGGCUCCUCGGAUGCCCCCACCAGUGGAGGGUAUGAUCCUACGACGAUCGCGAAUGAUCUUGCAGCCUUUGUAUUGGAAUAUGGUCUUGAUGGUGUCGACAUUGACUACGAAGAUUUCAACGCCAUGAAUGCCAUGAAUGGAUCCGCAGAAACCUGGCUGACCACUUUCACCACAGCCCUUCGUGCAAAGCUUCCGCUGGGUCAAUACAUUUUAACCCACGCACCUGUUGCUCCAUGGUUCUCUACACAGUACACAAGCGGAGCUUAUUUAACGGUCAAUAAGAACGUUGGAUCGUUAAUUGAUUGGUACAACGUUCAGGCAAGCAUUUUUCUGCGAAGGUUCUACAAUCAGGGCACGACUGAGUACACUACGUGUUCUGGCCUCAUUACGACAUCAUCUACGACAUGGCCCAACACUGCACUCUUCCAGAUUGCAGCAGCAGGGGUAACUUUAGAUAAGUUGGUGAUCGGCAAGCCAGCCACAACUGUGGAUGCGACCAAUGGCUACAUUAAUACCACCCUACUUGCCCAGUGUGUGGACGAAGCCUAUCAACAAGGAUGGGAUGCUGGCGUCAUGGUGUGGGAGUUUCCCGACGCCGCAGCGGCCUGGAUUAAAGCGGUACGCGCGCUUGCAUUCCCAGAAUAA